CUCUGGGUUACCCACCGGCAGCCUGAUCUGCCCCGUCCACGCCUAAAAAGGUCGUGGCCGCCGGCCACACUCACCUCCGCGGCUCCAGCCGUGCGGUUGUCUCAGGUCGCUGUCCCAUUACAGCCGGUGGCUAGGGGAGUGCCGCGGACAUGUCGGUCUUAGUCGUCACCAGCGUGGGCGAUCUUGUGGUGGAUCUCCACACCGAUCAGUGCCCCCGCGCCACCUACAACUUCCUCAAGCUCUGCAAGAUGAAGUACUACAACGGGUGCCUGUUCCACAAGGUGGCCAAGGGUUUCGUGGCGCAGACCGGGGACCCGACCGGGACCGGCAAUGGCGGUGAUUCCGUGUACAAGUUCCUCCAUGGUGAUCAGGCUCGGUUUUUCGACGACGAGAUCCAUCCCGAACUGAGGCACUCAAAGAUUGGCACGGUCGCCAUGGCAAGCGCCGGGCAAAACCGCAACGCCUCGCAGUUCUACAUCACGCUGCGGGACGACGUGGAAUACCUCGAUGAUAAGCACACCGUGUUUGGGAUAGUUGCUGAAGGUGAAGGUCUUGACACACUGACGAAGAUAAACGAAUCAUAUGUUGAUGGUGAUGGGAGGCCAUUCAAGGACAUAAGGAUUAAACAUACUUAUGUGUUGUAUGACCCUGACGAUGAUCCUGCUGAGCUUGCUGAACUUAUUCCUCCAAAUUCUCCAAUUGGAAAGCCGAUCGACGAGAUUGCAGAGGAGCGCUUAGAGGAUACCUGGGUCCCUCUCGAUGAAACAGUGGAUCCUGUGCAGCUUCAGGAGAUGAUCCGCUCUAAAGAAGCGCAUACGAAUGCCGUGAUCCUUGCGAGUAUUGGAGACAUUCCAGAUGCCGAGGUCAAGCCACCAGACAAUGUCUUGUUUGUUUGUCAACUCAACCCAGUGACACAGGAUGAGGACCUGUAUACAAUCUUUUCUCGCUUCGGAACCGUGACAUCGGCUAAAACAAUCCGUGACUACAAGACUGGUGACAGCUUGUGCUAUGCUUUUGUUGAGUUUGAGGCAAAGGAAGCCUGCGAGCGUGCACACAGGGAUAUGAACAAUUGUCUGAUUGAUGACCGGAGGAUUCAAGUUGAUUUUAGUCAAAGCGUUUCAAAGUUGUGGCGUCAGUUCAGACAGGGCACACGGAAUGCAAGUAAAGAUGGGUGCUUCAAGCGUCAUGCCCCUGAUUACCGAGCCCGGGAUCUGGAUAAGGGUGCUGAGAAGAAAAACAAGGAUCGAGAUUAUGUUCUGAGAGAUGAAAACACUCAGCGAGGUGGCAGUAACCAUCGAAGUUAUGAUUUAGUCUUUGAUGAGCACGGUGCUAGUGCUGGUAAUAAGCAAGAUCAUCGAAAUGGUGAUCGAAGAAAGGCCCAGAAAUUGGGGGAUUGCCGAUCAGAGGUACCACACAAGCGUGAUCGUGAUAGGAACAACAGGGACAAACUCCAUACUAGCGAGGGAGGGGGUCGGAGGCAUGAUGACCACAUCAGUUACGAUAGAUCUAGUGAUCGAAGCUAUAGUAGACGCAACAAUCGUGACUAUGGCAAGCAGCAGAGCAAGAGCAGGCGCAGGGAUGAUUAAAUAUGAACGAAGAAGAUCAGGAGCUUUUUCUGUUGUUCUUGUGCAUGAACAAGAUCAGGAGUUGAUCGUUAGGACAGGGAUAAUGUAAGAAGAUGACCAUAGAAGAAGCAGCAGAGUCGAUACUGUGAGAGGCAGAGAAGCGAAGACUGUGGACACCGUGAGACGCAGAUGCACGGGGCUGUGUCCCCGUCAGUUUUCCUUAUCUGAUUUCUGUUGUACAUUGAGUUUGUGGUGUCGCCUGUGAUCCAAAAAAUUGACCAUGGCUGAAUAUUUUGUUUCGAAGACUCGUAUCAGCCUGUG